AUGCCAGGUCCGGCUCCCCAUGGUCGGAGUAGUGGUCGAGGCGUUCGGCAGACCAACGCUGGGGUUGGUCGAAGAUAUCGUGGUGGACGCAGGUAUCGAUCCUCAGCCAGUCUCACCGACAAGAAUACCAACGACGACAACGAAGAUCACGAUGGCAAAGGGUCUAUUCAUGUUGGCGUCGAUGUUGAAGAGGACGGCGCAAGGUCCCGCUGCCUCGCAUGUCCCUUCUACAAGUUCGAUCCUGCUCGGCACUUUGACUGCUACCGCAAGUACCAGUUAAUGCGAUACUCGGACGUCAAGCAGCAUAUACUCAGCCGCCAUAGCCUCGGCACCCUUUACUGCUCAAAUUGCUGGCGCACUUGGAAGAAUAACGAAUUAUUGCUAUGGCAGAGCCACGUGGCCCAAAUUCCAGCUUGCCAAUUCGUGCCCGAGCCAGAGUCUCUUCGUCCUCAAGAGGCUACUGCGCUUCUAGAACUCGAUGUUGCGACACUCAGCCAAUACGAAAAAUGGUAUCGCAUGUGGGACCUGUUAUUCAUCGACCACCAGAGGCCGCCGUCCCCCUACGUGGAGCCUGGGUUUGGGGAGAUGCUGCUUCUCAUCGGUCACAGUCAUGACUCUUUGUUACGAGAACUCCCUCUGCUUCUUUCGGAGUUGGGUAUCCAAGUGGACCAUCAAGCGGUACAAUUCCUUGGCAAUCGAAUUGACGGCAUCUAUCGUCAGUCGCUCAUUUCGGGACAGUCUCAAAGCCCCAGGUAUAGACGGCAGCAUGCCAUACAGCAGCAGCAGGAGCUGCAGCUGCAGAUGCAACAACCCCAGCAGCUGCUGCAGUUGCAAGGACCCCAACUGCAGCAACUUCAAGAAGAUAGCGUUGAAUCUGCUGCUAUCAGUGCUAUCAUGCCAGCCCAGCUAACCGUCGAUGGCAUGGAAGAGUACUAUGGCAUCCGGUAUACAGAUGUUUUCAUGGACGAGUACAUCCAUCAAGAUGCCGGUUUGAACGACAUGAUGCAAUUUUUUGGCGACGGUAACAACUUUGUGCCUGAGUCCCCCCCGACGCCACUCCCCUCCUCCAUCAAAGAAGAAUCUUCCGAGAAUCCAGCUGCUCCUCCGGUGCCGCUGCCGAAUGUCGCGAGGGUGAAAAGGUGGGCACCUCGUAUACGAUCACACCCGAGAUCUGACUACUGGCGCCUCCGAGCCCGGCAUUACAUGUCUUCACCUCCAAAGACACAUUUUCCGAUCACUGUUGAUACAGAAUCCCAAAAGGAUAAGUCCAAUGAUGCAUUGGUAGCCAACUCGAAGUAUCCUACUCUCACAGGGGAAGACCUAUUCCUGUUGUUUUUGGACAGGAAAUAUGACCUUGGUCAAGACAUGCUAGACUGUAUACAAAUGGUACCAGAUCAGAUGAAGAGAGCCAAAGUAUCCCUGAGAACAGGAGCUGCUACUGAGACUACGACAUGCCAAUCUUCUGUGGUGGUGGGUAUCGACUGGCCGCUUCGUCACUUUUUGCAGUCGCAAUUUGUGGACGAAGAUUCGAGAAAGCAACCUUUUAGCUCGCUCAUUACGCUUACAGGCUUUUCGACCGAUGCACAGGCCUUAACAGUUGGUGAAUAUCUGGCACAAACGUGGCCGGAAAUUGCAGACGAGAUUCUAGAGCUACUGCCAGCCUUACUCGAUCCUUGCCUCGGCCGUAAACCUCUACGACAAGGAUCCCCGGAUGCGAACUAUGAAAUCUGCGGUUCGCGUCUGCCACGUUCUUCUGCCGGCUUCUUUCUAGACCAGGUGGUCAUCUCCGCAGGCAGCAUGAUAACCGGCGGAGCAGUAUUGACUCCCGGCGUCAAGGAGCUUCCUCCGCAUCUCCCAAGAAAUGGCACAAUCCCUCAGCUGAAAUGGUUAUCUAAGAGAUAUAUCGUGUUUUGGGAUGAGAAGGUGAAGCGAGGAUGGCUCGUCAACGGUACCAGCGCGCUGCUUCACAUAAUGCGUGCUUCGUUGGCACAAUCGGAACACGACGACAGCAGCGCCUGUUUACUGUUUGACAAGAGCAAGAUGAACAAUUUCCCAGAUAAGUCGUAUAAGCACAACACGGCGAUGCGCGUGCUUAUCGAUCAGGGUAACCAGGGACUCGUCAUAUAUCCAGACAGCAUUUACCAAACGCGAAAAACCUCUGCAGACAGCGGCAACUCGACAAACACGCAGACAUCCACUUAUUUUCACUUUGGCGACCUUGCUAAGAAGCACUUUGCUGCGUUGGAGCAAAUGAUCGACUAUCACUCGCAUCUCGCCGGCCGCGAUGGCAUCAACCUCAAGAUACGCCUGCGAAAGCACCUUGAGGGCUGGGAUUUUGUCGAUCUGGUCAAUGAAAUCAGACCUCAGCCGCGCGUCGCCACGAUCCCGACGCUCGGUCACGGCUGGAUUGACUUUGUGCGCUCCAUCGAGGCCAUCACGCUCUUUGGCAGCAAUUUUGGUGAGCUCCUCCAGCCUGCAAGCCGCACGGGGCUGUGCGAUCGAUGGAGCAGCCUGCCGCAGCAAGACUACUUAUUAUCAGCCAGUGUCGCGGACCUGACGGCCAUCAUGGAGCAGUACGGCGACCCGCACGCCGCGCCGCGCGAGUUGGCGCGCAACAUAAUUUGGCACUCACCCGCUGACACUUACGCGGCGUGCCCGUGCAAGCUGUCGCAGGCUUCCAGGCAUGGAAAGGCUGCCGCAUACCACGUUAGCCCCGUCCAGGUGCUGCUGCCCAGCGGCCGCUUGCCGCCGGCGAGCGGACAGAGAGAGCUGGAGCCAGACGGCGCCGUGGUGUUUGGACACAAUGCGAUCUUCGGAUACCGUUGGCCGGAGAAGGGUACUGACGAGGUGCCGGCCAAGGACUUUCUCGUGCCGCUGCGCAAUAUGUUACCCGUACGCCUCUCCAAGCCGCAGGCAGAAUCACCCGACACGUUGGACAGUAGCGAGACGGACGUGACGAGCCGCAUUGAUUUCGAGCCGUCCACCUCGACGCCGAGGGUAGAAUCGCCGCCGUCUCUGCGAUCUAGCCUGCGGAGCUUGAUACCGAAGCGGCAAAGUUGCACAUUGCAAGAGGAAAGAGAGACUGUCAAGAAGAAGAUAAAGACCAAAUAG